GGAUACUAGUCAACAGCAAAUGGCUUCCCUGCAUCACGCUGCGCAGUAGUUGAUGUGUACGCUGCUUCCUUUCAAUUUAUAGAACCUCUGCUAUGUUGUUGUUGUAUGUACUCCGUCGAUCUCUCCUUUAAAUUGGACCACUCGCAUUAGAACGAAACGAACGCAUGGAUGGAGACGCACCGUGUCCUUAUGCCCCUUGGAGGGAAUAUUUACGACCAGCCGUCGACGUUUCGUGUCUCCGUGAGCUGCAACAAUAUGCUGCUGUCAGCGUUCAUCCUAAGUCUGAUACUGUGGUGUUCAAACGCUCUGCAGGUGAUUGGAGGGAACAAGACCGUGGUGCAAGGAGGGACUGUCAUCUUACCCUGCAAACUCAUUGACUCUACGGAACUCCUCAAUCAGAUUUCAUGGCAGAGGAAGACCAGAAAUAAACCUCAGACUGACAAUUUCUUUACCAUCCUGCCCAUAAAUGGACCACGGUUUGUCAAUGGAGAUGAUCAUCGUUUUCAGUUUGUUGGGAACUUCAAUGAGGAGAAUGGAUCUCUCCAGUUAUCUAAUGUCACAUUGCUGGAUGAAGGCGUUUACACGUGCAUCUUCACAUUGUUCCCCAGUGGAAAUCACAAGACAGAGAUACCUCUGAACUUGCUUGUGCCUCCGGUCACCCAUGUGAAGGAUGAUCUUCCUAUUUUGGGUGAUGAAGAAGUUUCCCUCGCUACCUGCACAGCUGCUGGUUCCAGGCCUCCUGCAAAGGUGAGGUGGCUCAUUGGUACACUGGCAGGAAAAGUGAGGGCAACAACCAACUCUACUGAACACGCCAACGGUACGACUACCACAGUCAGCUCACUGGUCGGAGUGCCAACCAGGGAAGUCCACCAUUAUGAGGUCCAGUGUGUCGUCACCAAUCCAGCCUUGUCGAAAGAGGAAACAGUGACCUUCACCAUACAGGUCCAAUUUUCACCAAGGGAUGUGAACAUUAGCGUGCGAUCCACAGACUCAUUUCAGUGUUUGACUGCAGCCAACCCAAAAGCAACUUUUACCUGGAACAGGCCUGGCAACUCGUUGCCUCAGUCUGCUGUCCGAGUGGAGGGUGCAACGCUGCAGUUUCUGAGCAUGAGCUCUGACCUGAAUGGCCUGUACCAGUGUGAAGCAUCUAACCAGUAUGGAAGAGACCAUGGUUACCUUUAUGUGCAUGUGACUUCAGGCACCUGCACUGCUUGCUGGGCCAUACUUGGUCUUUUGCUUUUCCUGAUUGUAAUUGGUGUUGCGGGUGCUGCUAUAGCAUGGAAGUUUUCUCAAUCUCCAAGGAUAGAGGAAAUUCGGAAGGUAUUCAGAAGAUAUGAAAAGACUCCAACAAAAUCUCAAGAAGGAGAUGCAGUUGUAGAAGAAACAGAAGAAGCACCACAACAAGCAGAGGGAUCUCUUUGAGAUUUGUGGGAGCAACAAGAUCGUCAGCAAUUGGAGCGCUGGAAUUUAACAGGCUGCACAUUAAUGUGUCCAGUAUAGUAACUGCUGACAGAUUUGUCUGACAGUCAAAUGGCAUGUACAUCUUAGCUGUUGCCUGCAGAUGCACGUGUCAUGUCAUCAUCUGCUGCUUAUCUGGGUCCAGGCCCAGGUUGCGAGAGCAACUGCCACCCAGUCCACAAGGCCCCAAAGUCCCUAACCCUACAGUACAUGGGCCCACCACACAUGGGCCUCCCAGAGUGGGGCUGAAACCCACAGAAAUGAAACAGUCUCUUGCACCACCACCUGAGCUAACCGGGCGGUGUAGAUGCACAUUUGUCUGUUUAAUAAUUUUUUGUCACCAUACAUGUAUUGGGAAUAAUACAUAAUGUCUCUCUGUAGAAGGUACGACAGAACAUACUACUUUGCCAAAUGACUUUCUUUAUGCCAGCACCAAACUAAACUAAAUCUUUAUUUUUCUGUGAGAAAUUAUUAGUUGUUUGUAGUUACAAAGCGAGGUCUUAUUUUUGUAAUAACAUCGGUAAAACCUG